AUGCAAAAGGUGGUCCUGAGCCUGCUCGUCCUCCUGGCAGGCCUGCCUGCCUUGGAUGCCAACGACCCGGAAGAUAAAAACAGUCCUUUCUACUACGACUGGUUCAGCCUCCGUGUCGGCGGGCUCAUCUUCGCAGCGGUCCUGUGCGCCAUUGGCAUCAUCGUCCUCAUGAGUGGGAAAUGCAAAUGCAAGUUCAGCCGGAAGCCCUGCCGCCAUCCAGGGGAUGCCCCACCUCUCAUCACUUCAGGCUCUGCCCAUAACUGUUGA